UCAGACACACACACACAGGUUCUCUCAUCCUGUAAUCGAGUGUCAUCACUCGAUUCACUGCUCUUCUGUCUUCACACUGCUGUUUUCUCUCUCUUCAUUCAUAAAGUCAAACCAUUUUCUUGGCUGAGUCUACUCCUCUUCAGCUGCCCAGCAUGGAGGCGGUGGCACUUUACUCUUUCACAGCAUCAGAAGCAGAUGAGAUCAGUUUUCACAAAGGGGACAUCAUCAAGGUGACAGACAUGGAGGAUGAUCCUAACUGGUUCACAGCAGAGGUCCAGGGAAAGCGUGGCUACAUUCCAGAGAACUACAUUACCCUCCUUCCUCAUCCGUGGUUUGCAGGGCGGGUGUCCAGGCAGGAGGCUGAGCAGCGUCUGCGCGGGCAGGCCAGUGGAGCCUUCCUGGUUAGGGAGAGUGAGUCGUCUCCGGGAGAGUUUUCCGUCUCCGUUAGCUAUGGCGACAUGGUGGAGCACUUCCGGGUUCUGGAGGGGGCAGGCCUGUACUGCAUAUGGGAUGAGUCAUUCUGUUCCCUCAACCGGUUGGUGGAUUUUUAUAGAACUCAUAGCAUCGCCGUGGAGCGGGUGGUGCACCUGAGAGACCUUCCCUCAGAUACGUCCCCUCGCCUGUCCAACCCUGUGCGUAACCCCUAUCCCAACCCAUACAGGAGCACCUCUCAGCAGCCCGUGCCCCUGUCCCGGCUGCUCUCUCACCCAGACAGAGUAUCCUCCCUGCAUCUGCUGGAACCAGUUUUGGCGAAACCUCGUCUGGCUCACGCAUUGUGUGACUACACGCCCCCUCGAACCUCCCAUCUCCACUUCCUGCGCGGUGACAUCAUCGACCUGCUGGACUGCUCCAAUUCGCUGAGCUGGAGAGGGCGAUGCCGCGGCAGAGUGGGAGUCUUUCCACCGGAAUAUGUCCAACUGCUUUACCACUGACACCCCCUCCCCUACACCGCCCCCACAGGCACACUCCCUGUCAUCACAUCUGGCCCUGUGGCUGUUUCACUGACCUUUGACCCUUGUAUGUCCGGUGACUACACCAUUACAACAUACCUACAUCUUUACAACCAGUUUUUCAAGCCCUGAUGUCCUCCUUGCUCCAAAAGCUUUUACUGAAAGAAUGACUGAGAGAGAAAUGUAACUUUAUUUUCACAACGAUAGUAAGGAUACACACUGUAAUAUCCUCAGUAGAUUUUCAAAUCUUUCCUUCUGCUGGGCAGGCCAUCAUGCUGUUGUCUCUCCAGUAUGGAAGGGUAAUAGGACCAUGAAUAAAAAAAAAAUCUAAUAAAAAUAGAAGAAGUCAAAAUUUUAAGAUUUUAGGUAAAACAUUGAGACCAAAGCUUAAGUUUUGAGCAUAAACACAAAAAGACAUAAGUCAGAAUUUAAAGCUGCAGUAAGUGAUUGCUGACCAAUAGAGGGUUUUGAGACCUCAAACUCGUACAUACGUUUCACUCUCACAAGGCUCUUGUUGGAUCACUUGGAUUAUUUUGUCUGACCUCCAAUUGGAAAAUGUGAUGAAGCUGCAGACUUUCAGCUACAAGGUAAGCUGCUUUAAAUGGACUUUUUUGUUGCUGCAGUGCAAACUGCUGAUGGCUCUGAAAUCGUUUAGUGCAGGUUAAAGAUAAAGGCCAAAAUAAUGCAAAGUAAAUGCAAAGUAAGAGUUUGAGAAUAAAGACAAAAUUUUGU